UCAAAUAUUACCAUUAACUUUUGAUUAUUUCUUUACAUUUUGUAGUAAUAAUGUACAUGUUAAACUAUAAAGAUAAAGUUGUUUUUGUGCGAAUGUGUCUAGAGUAGGAUUAUGUUGUAAUUCAAUGAAAUGUUUCUAAAGAAAUGUCUCUUAUUUAAGAGGAGGAAAAUUUCUUUCUUCAUAAUUCCACUACUACUUAUUUCCCUGAUAUUUAUUGUAUAUCAAAUUGUUAUAUUUGUUCAAAUCAGCAACGAAAACACUAAACCUAACCUAAUUCGGGGAAUUCACGAACAAGAAAGUAGAUUUUAUAUACCUAAUAAUGAAAAUAAAUUUAAUUGUAUUAGAAGCUUGGAAGUAAUAGAAUUUCAAAAAGUCAAUGACGACUACUGUGAUUGUUUGGAUGGCUCCGACGAGCCUGGAACGAGUGCUUGUCCAAACGGUCUGUUCUUCUGUGCAAAUCAGGUCGACGUUAAGAAUUUUAGAAAGGCAGUUCAUUCUUCUAAAGUGAAUGAUGGUAUAUGUGACUGUUGUGAUGGUUCCGAUGAAUGGGACAAUAAUCGAGUAUUAAAUAAUUUAGACGUUAUUUCUCAAAGAAAGGCUGCUCGUUUUCAAGUUCCAUGUCCAAAGAUGUGUUAGACUAUUGCUGGAG